AUGCAGACAAAAUGGGGCGCAAGUUGGAGAAGAAGGGUCCUGCUGCUGGGCAUCUGCUGGGUCUCCGCACACCUGCCUGUCCGGGGUGUCUCCCUACCCAAGCGCCUCCGAAGGGCCACAGAAAACAGCACGCAGUGUGCGACCUCCCCAGCAUCGGAGUUCCCUGCAGGGUUCUUCACGAGGCAGGAGAGCACGGACGGAGGCAUAGUAAUCUACUUCCUCAUUAUUGUCUACAUGCUCAUGGCAGUGUCUAUCGUCUGUGACAAGUACUUCCUGCCCUCCCUGGAAAUCAUCAGUGAUGCCCUUGGACUGUCGCAGGACGUUGCAGGUGCAACUUUCAUGGCAGCAGGUAGCUCUGCCCCUGAACUAGUUACUGCAUUCUUGGGUGUUUUUAUCACAAAGGGAGACAUUGGUAUCAGCACCAUUCUUGGAUCUGCAAUUUACAAUCUGCUUGGCAUCUGUGCUGCCUGUGGCUUGCUAUCCAACAUGGUCUCAACACUCUCAUGUUGGCCCCUGUUCCGAGACAGUGCAGUGUAUGCGGUCAGCGUUGGGGCAGUUUUCGGCAUAAUAUUUGACAACCGAGUUUACUGGUACGAAGGAGCACUGUUGCUGCUGAUUUAUGGGCUCUAUGUUUUGCUGCUGUGUUUUGACACUAAGAUCAGCCGAUGUGUCAUGAAGAAAUGCAGUCCUUGCUGUCCCUGCCUUGCCAGAACUAUGGAGAGACGUGAACAACAGACACUGCUGGGAUGGGAAGACGAGAGCCAAUUCUUCACUCGCCGCCAAUCAAGGACAGACAGUGGAAUAUUUCAGGAAGAUUCUGGUUACUCCCAACUUUCUCUAAGUUUACAUGGUCUUAGUCAUGCUUCUGAAGAUCCACCAAGUGUUUUCAGCAUGCCUGAAGCAGACUUGAAAAGAAUUUUUUGGGUACUCUCUCUUCCUAUUAUUACAUUACUUUUUCUGACAACACCAGAUUGCAGAAGAAAGUUUUGGAAAAAUUACUUUGUGAUAACCUUUUUCAUGUCUGCACUAUGGAUAUCUGCAUUCACAUACAUCCUGGUUUGGAUGGUCACAGUAACAGGGGAAAUACUAGGAAUCCCAGACACAGUAAUGGGCCUUACUUUAUUGGCAGCAGGUACAAGCAUACCAGACACAGUCGCAAGUGUGUUAGUUGCAAGAAAAGGUAAAGGAGACAUGGCUAUAUCUAACAUCGUGGGAUCCAAUGUGUUUGAUAUGCUAUGCCUAGGUCUUCCCUGGUUUAUUAAGACUGCAUUUACAAAUGCAUCUGCUCCUGUAGAAGUGAAUAGCAAGGGACUCACUUAUGUAACCAUCUCUCUCAACAUUUCAAUUAUUUUUUUGUUCUUAGCAGUUCAUUUUAAUGGCUGGAAACUAGACCGAAAGUUGGGGGUGGUCUGCCUAAUGCUAUACUUAGGACUUGCUACCUUAUCAGUUCUAAAUGAACUUGGAAUUAUUGGAAGUAACAGAAUCAGGGGCUGUGGAGUUUGAUAUUUUUAAUAGUGUUAUGUGGGAAAGGUGGAACUGGUAGAGGGGCAAAAAAAAACAAAAAACAAAAAAACAAAA